GAUGGAUUAACCCUUUUCUUUCUAAGCAACAUCACUCCAUGCAACAGAGGGAGACCCUGCCUCAAAAAACAACCAACCUGCACACGUACUCCUGAACAUAAAAUUGAAGGUUUUGUUUUAGUUUUUUUUUUUUUUUUAAGAAUUAGGUUUUAUGUAAAAUCAUGUACUAGGAACAGGUUGGUGGCUAUAUAUCUUAAGAACAUGAUAAUACUUGAGAUAGGACUUGAAGGAAAAAUGAGAGAAAUCUAAGCAGAGACAUAGAAUAAAAUAUUCCAGGCAGAAAGGCAGGGUUAUCUGCCUUUCUCUUCCAUAAAUGUGAUUUAGUUCAAAUCUGAUCCAUCAGCCCACACAUUAAUCAGUGGAGCAUGGAAAAUGGUAUGUUCCCAAUGAACAUUACAAACUGAGGUUGACUUCCAGCCCGUUUAGAGCAGAGGAACAUAUUUUAAUCAAUGCCUCUUGAUAAAAGAGCUUUAUUCCAGCUACUGCACUUUCUUCAUCAGCUCUCCAAUGAUGCCUGGAGCCGUGAGAAUAUUUUUCUUUAUUUUUGCCGCUCUCAUUCUUCUUGCUCAAAUUUUCCCAGCCAGGACAGCAAUUCAUAGAGCACUGAUUUGUAAGAGACUGGAAGGUCACUGUGAAGCUGAAUGUCUUACUUUUGAAGUAAAGAUUGGGGGCUGUAGAGCUGAAUUAACACCAUUUUGCUGCAAAAACAGAAAGAAGCACUAAAAACUAAGCACCAGCUGAAAGAAUGAAAGACGUAAAGAUUCUCUGGCUACGAUAUCAGUGGGACAAAUCUCUCUGUACCUUCUCUCUUUGAUCUGCAAAGUUUGGAUUAUCCGAAGCCGUGUCAGUCCAGUUUCCAAUGCUAGAGAGACACCCUUCCUAGGCUGUGAACUUCUUCCAGGCAGGCACUAUAUCUUUUUGACCUUUGUAGCCUCAGUUCCUGACACGGGGCCUAUUAACCAUUUUUUUCACUUUAUAAAAAAGUAAGCCAUUGAAUAAAUAGAUAAAACAGAUGGAGUGGAAUGGCUGGACUGGUACUCAGGUGAAUUGAGUUUUAAAGUUGUAGCUCUGUCUUUAAACAGAUGUAGGACAUUGGGUCCUCUGUGCAAAGAUUCUGGUAUCUAUAAUGUGAACAGCUUGAGCCUCACAGUAAAGGGAAUUCCUGCUAGACGCUAAUUGUGGCUGCUUCAGCAUUAUCACUGUCAUGUACUCCUUCCUCUCUUUUAUAGUUAGGAAUUGCUUAGAGUGUUUUUCAUUUUCUUGUUGGAUCUAAAACAUCAAGUUUUACAAAGAAAUGCCCCUAAAUCAAAAUUCAAGUUGGCUGUAGAUUGAGCAACGUCUGCAUUCUGGCUGUUUGCAGUGAGAACUGACCAAAGCAUGCUUUACUGAAGCUGCAAGUUCCCCAAAGGUCAUCUAAUUCAGCACCCGUAUUACAAAAGAGGAGACUGAGACUCAAGAAGAUUAUACAGUUACUUAGUCUCAUUUAUAUUCAGACUUUGGGCUUUCUGGACUUGUCUUCUUAGCAUGUUCACAAAAUAGCAUGUUGGAAGAGAACAGAACAGCAAAAGGCAAUCCCAAAGAUGGAACAUUUCUCAGCAGGUUCAGAUGAAUAAAUAAAUGGAGGAAGAGACCUAAACAAACUGGGGGAAAAAAAAAAAAACUAGAAAAAAAAAUGGACACUUUCUAAAAUCUAUUAUGAUCCCCUGAUCCCUGCCCUUUCAGAGCCAUAACAAUGGCAAACUGAGGCUUGCCUUUUCCCUAAUUUGCCAAAAUUUGGAGACUCAGCUUUCAAGCAGAGGAAAGUAUGUAUCACAGACCAUUUCAUCAUAGAAGACUUACAGCACACCCUCCCAGAACAGAGGCAGCAAAACCCCUCCGUGCUGCUCUAGAAAAUUUCCUUCUCUAAUCAAUUAAGCUGGCUUCCUGUAGAGAUGUAAAUAAGAGAGAAAAAAAUCUGGAACAAGACAAUUUGUAAAAUGUUUUAAAAUAACAAAUAAAACGUGUU